CCGCCAGUGGAGGACCAGGCCACUCAGGAAAGAAAGGGGUCAGGAGGUCGGGCCGAGCUUCACAGGCUCAGCCCCUGAGCCCGGGAGCUGCAGGCGCCGGCCGGCCCGGCCCGGCCUGGUGCACUUGUCCGAAGCUCAACUGGAGUAGGGAAAGUGACCGCGAGCCAGCCACCAGGGCCCGGCCCACACGCCCACAGCCACGUUAGGGCUAGGGGCCAAGACCUUUAGGGGGUCUCAGGGUUUAAGAAGGGCAGGGGGCUUCAGGCGCUCCCAGCUCCUGACCGGCGAUUGGCGCCUUAAACGCUUGUAGAUCCGAGGUUGGAUUGGGGAGGGGUCUCUGGGACGGCGGAUUGCCACGCCUGGAUUGGGGGAUUAAGCGCUUAGAGAUCGAAAUCAGGUCUUGGGUAGGGGGACUCAGACAAUUGGAAAGCCUAGGUGGUUAUUUGGGGAGGGGUCUUUGCGCUUUGGAGGAGCGCAAAGCUGCGCCUGUUGGGUUUUGAGGCCUGGGGCCUCGUCGAGAGAGGCAUCUGUGAAAGGGGGGACCAGCUAGGCCAGACUAAGAAAGAAAGUGAAUACAGCAGGAAUCUAAGCGGGGGGGGACCCUAAGAGGGGGGUCACACAGGUUGAGACAUGGCCACCAGGCGUUUAACCGACGCUUUCUUGUUGUUGCGGAAUAAUUCCAUCCAAAACCGGCAGCUGUUAGCCGAGCAAGUGAGUAGUCACACCACCUCCAGCCCUCUGCAUUCACGUAGCCUUGCCGCGGAGCUGGAUGAGCUUGCUGAUGACCGAAUGGCCCUGGUAUCAGGCCUCAGCUUAGACCCAGAAGCAGCAAUCGGUGUGACAAAAUGCUCCCCACCCAAGUGGGUGGAUGGAGUGGAUGAGAUACAAUAUGAUGUCGGGCGAAUUAAGCAGAAGAUGAAGGAGCUAGCCAGUUUGCACGACAAGCAUUUGAACAGACCCACCCUGGAUGACAGCAGCGCCGAGGAGCGCGCCAUCGAGAUAGCCACGCAGGAGAUCACGCAGCUCUUCCACAGGUGCCAGCGCGCGGUGCGGGCGCUGCCCAGCCGGGCCCGCCGGGCCCGCACGGAACAGGAGGAGCGGCUGCUGCGCAACGUGGUGGCCUCGCUGGCGCAGGCGCUGCAGGAGCUCUCCACCGGCUUUCGGCACGCGCAGUCGGGCUACCUGAAACGCAUGAAGAACCGAGAGGAAAGAGCGCAGCAUUUUUUUGAUACAUCAGUACCACUAAUGGAUGAUGGAGGCGAUAAUACUCUGUACGACCGGGGCUUCACAGAGGACCAGCUGGUACUGGUGGAACAGAACACUCUGAUGGUGGAGGAGCGGGAGCGGGAGAUCCGCCAGAUCGUGCAGUCCAUUUCUGACCUGAAUGAGAUCUUUAGGGACUUAGGAGCCAUGAUUGUAGAGCAGGGUACAGUCCUUGAUCGAAUCGACUAUAACGUUGAACAGUCCUGUGUUAAAACUGAAGAUGGCUUGAAACAGCUUCACAAGGCAGAGCAGUACCAAAAGAAGAACCGGAAGAUGCUUGUGAUUUUAAUAUUGUUUGUCAUCAUCAUUGUCCUCAUUGUUGUCCUGGUCGGCGUGAAGUCUCGCUAGUGGCGCUGGGCUCUUGUGCAGGCGGCGUGGACUCCCCGGGUGUGGGGGCUUGGCGGUCUCACCCUCAGCGCUGCUGGCAGGGUGCACCCAGCCAGGGCCGGGCCGGGCCGGGCCAAGACGGGUCCCACCUUCCUAAGGAUGCCUCCUGACGCGCAGGCGCGGGCCUAUGUUUCCAUCAGUGUCGAGUUAAGGACGGUGAUACUGCUGCAGAAGAGAUAUUGAUCGGUUCUGUGAUCACUUAUAUAUAUAUAUAUAUAUAUAUAUAUAUAUUUUUUUUUUUUUUUUUUCUUUAGAAAAUGAAAUGAGUUUAAAGUUUACAGGCGCUGCUGCUGAGGCUGCUUGGGGUUAUUUGUGUAUAUGCUAUUUUUUUUUAAGCAGUCUUGUCUGAGCAGCAUGUCAAAACAAUUUUUGGGGAAAAUUUUUUUAAGCCAUUUGGUUUUUAAGAAGUUUGGUACCAAAAAUGUAUGCAUAGAGGCAAAAAUGCCUCUUCAAAUCUUCCUCUUCUAUUUUUUUUGUUGUUGUUGAAAACAAACCUAGAAGUCCUUUAAGAAACAUACAAUUCAUUCCCUGAUAACUUAAUUUAGCUUUUCCAUUGCUGUUAAUGAUCAGAGUAACAAAGUGUGAGAAAUAAGAAACCAUCAUUGAUGUUAAUUAACACAUUUAGAUAGUCCAGUUAAAACAGCUUCAUAAGUUUAAAUUAAUUGUAAAUAGAGUGUUCCUCAUUUAAAAUUUUUGCACUGCAUUUUCUACUGUAAACCAAAAGGAGUUGUUACUAAGCAAAACCACCUAAAUUUACAAGUUGGUGAUUUGAGCCAGACUCACACUGAAAGGAGGCCUGCUGAUGUCCUGGCCCGCCUGUGUCCCAGCACUGCCAGACCCAGGCGGGUGCUCUGCCCCACACACAGCCUCCAUCCUUACCACGUGCUAGCUACAUAAGGACCCAUUCACACCAGUCUCCAUUUAAUGAACUGUGAAUUUAUACCGAGGCCACUUUGAGGGGGUCAUCCAUCUAAAAUCUCAAAUUAUUAACCAAACAGCACUCCAUUUCAGAGUACUCGUGCUUUCAUUUAUUGGCUCUUCCGUUAUCAGUUAGUAAUGCCCAGAAUGCAGGCUUGUCCCGAGGGCUGGAAAAGCCCUUGCUGGUGUGAGCCUGGGUCAGAUCCCCAAGUGGGGCGUGGCCUUAUACCUCCCCAUCACCCCCGUGGUGCUUGAGGCCCCUUCAGUAACUGGAGCGAGGCGGACUGUGGUACAGCCUUGAAAACGCAGCUAGCCCUGUGCGGAUGGACACGGUACAGUGUUAGUGGUCUUCUGUGUACAUUUUGAUGAGUGUAUUGUUUGUAUCUUCAAGGUGCGGAAGGAGCGCGGCCGCCCUAUUAAGCAUGUCAUGUUUUCUUUGGCCCAGCUGCACACAAUGCCUCUCCAGAGCCGACUGCUGUGGCUUCCAGAAUUCACACUAAAAUCUGGAGACAAGUCCCCCAGGCAGGCCCGCCCCUGUGGUCCCUGCCCCGUGGUUUCAGUAGCCUCGGGGCCUGGUCACAGGCAAGGGAGGCUGGGUUGGUGCCUUCCCCCGGGUGCCUAGAGUCAUGUGGCUCUGGGGCCCUUCAGAGCCAGCGCUGACUUGAAUGCAGUGGUCGGGUGGUGGCCGUUGGGUCAGCUGCUACCAAGAGUGGACCUGGUCAUACGAGGGGCCGCCUCGAGAUUCACAGGCCAUUCAGGGUUAUGGCUAAACCCUUGGAAAAUGUUGAGUCUUACUCACCCUGGACGAACAGUGGCCGUCGGAGAGAAGUCAGGGUCACCGUCGGUUUGUGUCUAUUCCCCCACCUCACCACAGUCCCCUGCUGCGCUUGAUCUGACGUUGUCUCCGGCCCUCUGUGGAGACGGCGAACCUUCCCGUCUCCAUCACUGUAGUGCUGGCCAGCUGAUGGGACCCGCAGUCUGGCCCAGGGCCCGGCACGGACUGGUUGGGUUCCUCAAACUACUGCGUUUGUCUUUAGAGCCUGUCCUUGGACAAGAGGCAGUGGCAUUUGAGGAUGGCAGGGAAGACGGCACUCCUUGCUUGGCACCUCAGGAAGAGAAGGAGGGCCAUCCUCAGACUCCUGAGCCAAUCUCACGUGCACCUGGGCAGUGUCCUCAGAGAAGAGACCUCGCUUUGGGGGCUCACUGCUGGCACCCUGGGGCCCAGCCCUGGACACAAACUGGCCUGGAGUGACUCCUGUCUAGUGGAGCAGGGGAGAGAAAUGGCGGCAUAUAUUCCAGGCUCCCAGCUCCCGGUUGCUGUCUGUCUGUCUGUCUGUCUUUCUGUUCAUCUUGGGGGGUGGGGAGUACUGGCUGGGCCGGGCUGUGUGAAGCAGUGUGUCUCUAAUUUAACGGAUGUACCGCUUUCUCCGCUAAUUGAGAGAGCAUUAUUUAUUUGUUUUGACACAAGUGCUUGCAGUGUUUUAUCUCAGCUAAUGGCUUCUUAAAGGUAAUAAAACCCUUCAACCUAAUUGGUCAGGUUAGACUUUUUUUCCUCUUGUAUGCUUAAAUAAAGCAAUUAGUGAAGAGCUUCUAUCCAAAAUGACUUUCUUUCUUUUUUUUUGUUCCUUUUUAAAAAACUAAUUUACUGUUACUGGAAACUUUUUGUACAAUAAAGCAGGCGUUCAGAUGACAGAA